AUGGCCACGCCUACUCCUGCGCCUGCGGCCGCCAAUCAGCGGCUCGGACCGCCGGUACCUAAGAGUAUCGCCCCUGUUAGCGCCUGGCAGCGGCGCGACCCGCGACUGGCGCGUCUACAGCAAGCCGUCGUGGCGCCCACCAACGUCUUUGAAACGCGCCGCCGCGAUGCGCGCCGUACUCGCCAGCAACUGAAACGGAGGUCUGAAGAACUGCUUCAAGCAGAGUCAGAACGCAACCAUGCCGAUACUAAACCAGAAGCGGAGCGUAAUACGAUGGCUGCUUAUGUCGAUAAGUUGCCUGACCCAAAGACAAUUGAAAAUUUGCCAAGUAUUCCUAAAAUUACCCGGCCAGAAGUCAAGCGAGACGGCGAAGCCGCGCCCGCUAAGCGCAAGCGUAAAAAUGUUUGCACAGAGCUGCCACCUGCUGCGGAGAAGAAGCGCGCGUCGUCGCCGGAGCUGGUGGCGUUCAAGGGUUUGCGCAAUGACCAUAAGGAGCAUCACAUGCAUCGCAACCGCGACAAGUCAGCAAGUCCAGAGCACGUCGAGUCAGGCGCAGAAGGCGCCGUGACCUCCGAGCCCCCAAAUACCGAAAGAGAAAGGCGUCGUUUGUCCAGUGAAGAUACUGAUCUCAGGGAAGACGAUGAACAAGUACCAAGCCCGAAAACGUCGCCUAAUAAACGAAAUAGAUUUGGUGAUAUUGAUGAGAGUAUCACACCGUCUGUAUACCUUGACACGCCGCCCGAUAGCCAAGGAAUGUUGGGUCAGGACUCGGAUAUGCGACUCGGUGCUGAAGCCCUUGAUAUGAAAACAAAGGGUUUGCUCCCCAUCCUACCCAUGAUGCCAAUGUGCAGCCCUUACCAGCAACACAUGCCGUGGCGUGGGACAAGACCACGAGCAGGUGAAGAAUUCGGACCUAGACGAUUCCGAGGGCCAAUGCCACCAUACUUCCGAGCCGGCAAGUUUGAUAAGAGGGCUGUUAGAGCGCCUUUUAUGCCCUUUAGCCCUCGUAUGGCAAUACCUCUUCUAGCUACACCCAAAAUUGGGAUGUAUCAAGGAGAGUGUCCUCUAACACCUUACAAACGAAGCGAAUCUCCACCUCCAUUAGGAACUCCAGACUUCGCAAUCCCACCGACAGAUUUUAAAGUAAUUAACUAUAUUGAUCAGGACCCCUUCAAAAUCAUCCAAAUUGAUGGUAUACCUCGGGAAAUCAGGUUUUACGGUAACACCGCCGUAAUUAUGCUGGAUUGGGAUGAUCCAAGGGAAAUCAAGUUCCUUCCUGGAUGCAGAAGAGUAAUAUUCGACAGUAAACACUCAGUAGUAUUAACAUUCAGUGAAGGCUACAAGCAAGUGGAGUUUGAUGAUCAAGUGUUCAAUAUUAAAUUUGGUGCACCGACACGAGAACUGUAUAUAAACGGUAGGUGGCACGAAUGUUUCUUCGGUGGACAGCCAUUUGGCGUAAUUAUUGACGGUAAACCAAGAUUGGUUCAUUUGGAGGGCCCUAUGCCUCAAGUGGACAUCGGUAAAGCUAAACGUACCGACUUAGUAGCCGGUAAGAUCAACCUCAUUGUGAAUGCUACACAGAUGCAUCCAGUGUACUUGGACGCAAAGGUACAAAAGAUUUUGGUCAAUGGACAGUAUCUGACCGUGCGCUUCGUAGAUUCACUGCGCACAGUAUUAAUCAAUGAACAGCCUUUUAAAGCAGAGUUUGGAGGCCUUCCCAAGCCAAUCGUUGUUGGCAGCGAGAAAUAUUCUAUAAGGUUCUCCGCUCUGCCGAGAAAUAUUAAGCCUGGACAUGUCCAGAUAGCUAAUAUGGAAGGCAUAGGCUUACCACUGCUGUCACCCGUCAAGAAAGAUGGUGAACUUAAAAAAGUAGAAAACCCAAUAAAAGUUUACCAACAAGAACAACCCAUUGCGCGUCUGCUGGAGACUCCCAGCUCUGAACUCAAUCUGGACAUGUUGGUGAGCGUCAUGCCGUCCAGUACUGUGCCCGUUUCCAGCUCGGAGUACAGCGUGGCCGAACAUCUAUUCUCCAAAACAGACAAGUUCUCUGGACUUGAGAAGUCUAUGGAAGAAAACCUAGCUCCAGUACUGCCAAUAUUAGGCAACAUGAAUGGCAACGACCUUUUCAAUAACCUGGUGGCGACUGGUAUUGUGCAAGUACCGAGCACUACCCAGCCAGAUCCUCAAGAGGAAGCGAAAAAUAAACCUGAAGAAGUUAAGAAUACACCAAGGGAAGAUAAGAAUAUUAUUCAAAAGGUAGAUUUUAUGAAAUCAGACACAUUGAGAGUUAAACAACCAGGACUGGUCGCUACGUCGUACGGCGGGAAGCAGUGUUUAGUGUGUGCUGUUCGGUUCCCGUCCGAGCACACGGUGCACUACUGGCAACACUUGGACUGGCACUUGCAACAGAACCGACGCCAUAAAGACGCAGCGCGCCGCGACCACUCACGACACUGCCACUAUGACCGCUCCAACUGCACGAAGUGUGAGGAGGUCGAGGACUUGGAGGAGAGAGAAGAGAGUUGGUUCGAGACGGGCGGUAACCCCGCGGCAUCAGGCGAGGCUGCGGUGGAGGCGCCGUCGGUCGCGGCGUCGGAGUCCACCUUACACUGCUGCGCGCUAUGCGGGGAUAUAUUCCAACAAUUCUUCAACAACGACGAGCAGGAAUGGCACAUCAGGAAUGCUAUCAAACACAAAGAUGAUUACUAUCAUCCACUCUGCUUCAAAGACUACAAAACGGCACUAACAAAGGCAGGAGAACCUAAAGUAAAGGAGUCCUCUGAGGACAUCGCAUCUGAGGAAACGAUGGAAGAGGAAUCCAUUGAGACCAAAGAUGUGGAUAGGACUGCAGAGCAGUCUGACGACGACUCUGUAGAUGAAGACGUCGAGGACCCGAGGGAGUUGGACCCCGUUGAUGACGAAGAUAAUGAAGCUGAUGGCUGUUUCAAAGCAGAGCAAUUGGUCGAGCUUUUGGAUGAAGAUGACCCUGAAACGGGUGUUGAAAUUAGUGCUGAAAGAGCUGCUCAAGGCCAUCUCGCAGAGGCAGAGAUUGAUGUUAGCGAGAUCAAGUUCAAGCGAGAACCUAUCGAUCCUGGAAUAGAGAAACCAAUAGGAACUGCUGACGAAGAAACCAUCCCAUCGCGAAUAUACCACACACAUCCAACAGUGGAGUCAUCUAUCGACGGGGACCUUUAA